UGAAACUACAAACAAACACACACACACAUACUCAUCAAACAUAUAUCUAUCUACACAACUCAUUUGAACACAACCACAACCACAACCACAACCAACUGUGUUCUGUUCUAUUCUAUACAGAGCAGCCAACCCAAAAUUAACCCCACACCAAACCACGCGCCGCUGCAAUGGUUCACGGCCACAUCCUCCUCCUGACUUUUCCGGCACAAGGCCACAUCAACCCUGCUCUCCAAUUCGCCAAACGUCUCAUUAAGAUGGGCCUCCAGGUCACCUUCGCCACCAGCGUCUUCGCCCAACGCCGCAUCUCCAAAACCACCGGAGCCGCCGCCGAGGGCUUGAAGUUCGCCGCCUUUUCCGACGGCUACGAUGACGGGUUCCGACUAGGAAACGAUGUGCAACACAUGUUGUCCGAGACGAGAAAUAAUAGUUCUCGAAUUCUCCGAGAGAUCAUCGCCGCUAGCGCUGCCGAAGGCCGUCCGAUUACGUGCUUGGUCUACACCCUCCUCCUCCCUUGGGCGGCGGAGGUGGCGCGUGAUUGUCACAUCCCAUCUGCUCUUCUUUGGAUUCAACCUGCCACAGUUCUAGAUAUCUACUACUAUUACUUCAAUGGUUAUGGAGAGGAAAUUACAAAGAUUUGCAAAGACCCCUCAUGUUCCAUCGAAUUACCGGGAUUGCCAUCGAUGACUAGCCAUGACCUUCCUUCUUUUAUAGUCCCUUCAAGCUCAGACCAAUACAGUUUUGCACUCCCAACCUUCAAAGAACAACUAGAAAAACUUGAUUCAGAAGCCAACCCUAAAGUACUUGUAAACACAUUCGAUGCGUUAGAACCCGAGGCCUUGAAGGCUGUUCAAAAGUACAAUUUGAUCGGAAUUGGACCCUUAAUCCCAUCGGCUUUCUUGGAUGGGAAAGACCCAUCAGAUACUUCUUUUGGAGGUGACUUGUUUCAUAAAUCUGGAAACUAUAUCCAAUGGUUGAGCUCGAAACCUGAAUCAUCAGUUAUUUACGUUUCAUUUGGAAGCCUAUUAGUGUUGCCAAAGCCACAAAUGGAGGAGAUUGCGGGUGGUUUGCUGCAAAGUAAUCGGCCAUUCUUGUGGGUGAUAAGAUAUAUAGAAAUCGGAGAAGAAGAGAAAGAAGAAGAUAGGCUAAGUUGCAUUGAAGAGGUGAAGCAACAAGGGAUGAUAGUGCCGUGGUGUUCUCAAGUGGAGGUUCUUUCGCACCCAUCUUUGGGAUGUUUUGUGACGCAUUGUGGGUGGAAUUCGACGUUGGAGAGCUUGGCUUCUGGGGUUCCGGUGGUGGCAUUUCCUCAUUGGACGGACCAAGGGACGAAUGCAAAGCUUAUUGAAGAUGAGUGGAAGACAGGGGUAAGAGUGAAGGCAAAUGAGGAAGGAAUAGUUGAGGGUGAUGAGAUUAAGAGGUGUGUGGAGAUGGUGAUGGAAGAUGGAGAAAAGGGGGAAGAAAUGAGGAGUAAUGCAAAGAAAUGGAAGGAUUUGGCAAGGGAAGCUGUCAAGGAAGGUGGCUCUUCCAACAAAAAUCUCAUGGCGUUUGUGGAGGAGGUUGGAGGUUGCUUUUAGAGUGUAAACUUGUAUAAGGGCGUUUUUUUAUUUUUUAUUUUUUUAUUUUAUUCCCUCGUUUGUGAAGAAUGUGGAGGUAAUUAUUCAGUAAUUUUGAAGUAUAGGGAUGUGAUAUUUUAUAA